CACUCCCCCCUCUAAUCCCCGUCCGUCGCCGCGUCACGUGAGCGCCGCGAGGUCACGUGCUCGGCGGGCGGGCGGCGCCGGCGGAAGAUGGCGGGGUGCGGCGGGUCGCUGUGCUGCUGCUGCCCGCAGUGCUGCGGAGAGCGGGAAAGCCGCACCCCUGAGGAGCUGACAAUCCUGGGAGAAACUCAUGAGGAGGAAGAUGAGAUCCUGCCACGCAAAGACUAUGAGAGCUUGGAUUAUGAUCGCUGUAUCAAUGACCCAUACUUGGAAGUUUUGGAGAGCAUGGACAACAAGAAAGCCCGGAACUAUGAAGCAGUGAAAUGGGUGAUGGUUUUUGCCAUUGGAGUCUGCACAGGACUGGUGGGCCUCUUUGUGGAUUUCUUUGUGCGGCUCUUUACCCAGCUCAAGUUCCGCGUCGUACAAAGCUCGGUGGAAGAAUGCACUGAGAAAGGCUGUCUUGCCUUGUCUUUACUGGAGCUGCUGGGGUUCAACUUGACCUUUGUUUUUCUUGCAAGUCUUCUAGUCCUGAUCCAGCCUGUGGCAGCUGGAUCAGGAAUUCCUGAAAUUAAGUGCUACCUCAAUGGGGUAAAAGUUCCAGGGGUUGUGCGGCUCCGGACGGUGGUGUGCAAAGCUGUGGGAGUGCUCUUCAGUGUAGCAGGAGGUCUUUUUGUUGGGAAGGAAGGUCCAAUGAUCCACAGCGGUGCUGUCGUGGGUGCAGGUUUGCCCCAGUUCCAGAGUAUCUCACUGAGGAAGAUCCAGUUCAACUUCCCAUAUUUCCGCAGUGACAGGGAUAAAAGGGACUUUGUAUCUGCUGGAGCAGCUGCAGGGGUUGCAGCUGCCUUUGGAGCCCCAAUUGGAGGUACUCUUUUCAGCCUGGAAGAAGGUUCCUCCUUCUGGAACCAAGGACUUACAUGGAAAGUGCUUUUCUGUUCCAUGGCUGCCACCUUCACCCUGAAUUUCUUCCGCUCUGGGAUUCAGUUUGGGAGUUGGGGGUCUUUUCAGCUCCCUGGUCUGCUGAACUUCGGAGAGUUCAAGUGUUCUGAGUCUGAUAAGAAGUGCCACCUCUGGACAGCUGUGGACUUGGGCUUCUUCAUUCUGAUGGGAAUUGUAGGAGGUCUUCUUGGAGCCACCUUCAACUGUCUGAACAAGAGGCUCGCAAAGUACCGCAUGCGGAAUGUGCAUCCCAAACCAAAGCUUGUCAGAGUCUUGGAGAGCCUGCUUGUGUCACUGACUACAACCGUUGUCGUCUUUGUGGCCUCCAUGGUUCUGGGGGAGUGCCGGCAGAUGUCUUCCACCAGUCACACUGGCAAUGACACUUUGAGUAUGCAGGGCAUGUCAGAAGAUGUGAAUUCAAGCAUCAAAACAUUUUUCUGCCCAAAUGAAACCUAUAAUGACAUGGCCACCCUCUUCUUCAACCCUCAGGAGUCAGCUAUCCUCCAGCUCUUCCAUCAAGAUGGUACUUUCAGCCCAGUCACACUCUCCUUGUUCUUCCUUCUCUAUUUCUUACUCUCCUGCUGGACAUACGGGAUCUCUGUGCCCAGUGGUCUUUUUGUGCCAUCACUGCUUUGUGGGGCUGCCUUCGGACGCCUGGUCGCCAACCUCCUCAAAAGCUAUAUUGGCUUGGAUCACAUCUACUCAGGAACCUUCGCACUGAUUGGGGCAGCAGCAUUCCUGGGAGGGGUGGUCCGGAUGACAAUUAGCCUGACUGUAAUCUUAAUUGAAUCCACCAAUGAAAUCACCUAUGGGCUCCCAAUAAUGAUCACACUCAUGGUAGCCAAAUGGACAGGAGACUUUUUCAACAAAGGAAUCUAUGACAUCCAUGUGAACUUGAGAGGAGUGCCUCUUCUAGAGUGGGAAACAGAGGUGGAAAUGGAUAAACUACGAGCCAGCGACAUCAUGGAACCCAACCUGACCUAUGUCUACCCCCACACUCGGAUCCAAUCCCUCGUUAGCAUCUUGCGCACAACUGUUCAUCAUGCCUUCCCUGUUGUGACUGAGAAUCGGGGCAACGAGAGGGAGUUCAUGAAGGGAAAUCAGCUGAUCAGCAACAACAUCAAAUUCAAGAAAUCCAGCAUUCUCACCCGAGCUGGAGAGCAGCGCAAACGGAGUCAGUCCAUGAAAUCCUAUCCUUCGAGUGAGCUGCGCAACAUGUGCGAUGAGCACAUAACAACAGAGGAGCCACCAGAAAAGGAGGAUUUGCUGCAACAAAUGCUAGAGAGAAGAUACACUCCUUACCCCAAUCUGUAUCCUGACCAGUCUCCCAGUGAAGAGUGGACCAUGGAGGAACGUUUCAGACCUUUGACCUUCCAUGGCUUGAUCUUGCGCUCACAGCUGGUCACCCUCCUUGUCAGGGGUGUUUGUUACUCCGAGAGCCAGUCAAGUGCAAGUCAGCCUCGUCUGUCUCAUGCAGAAAUGUCAGAGGAUUAUCCCCGCUAUCCAGAUAUCCAUGACCUGGACCUCACAUUGCUGAACCCUCGCAUGAUAGUGGAUGUCACCCCAUACAUGAACCCGUCACCCUUUGCUGUUUCUCCAAACACUCAUGUAUCUCAAGUCUUCAAUUUGUUUAGGACAAUGGGGCUCAGACAUUUACCAGUUGUGAACGCAGUUGGAGAGAUUGUUGGGAUAAUCACUCGGCACAACCUGACCCACGAAUUCCUGCAGGCGAGGCUGAGACAACACUAUCAGACCAUUUGAUGCCCCUGCCCAUCCUGCCCCACUGCUGGUGUGGCUGCCUCCCUCUUCCAAGCCUGCACACGCGCUUGCAUUCUGCUUGGACCAAACAAGGCCCAAGACUGGCCAUUUGGCUUCUCACACGCAUAUCAAGCCUGGGGAGCUGGAAAACAUCUUGCUAGCCAGAGAAUUAGAGGAACUGCUUGAGUCCAGAGCUACUGACUAGUCUCAGGCACUUGGUUUGACCACUCUUCAUCCAGGUUUUUUCUUUUCCUGUGCCCUAGCCUUUCAUCAGAUGUUGUCCCAGCAGUAUACGUUCUGCUGUUUUGGUUUGGUUUAUUUUUGAGGCUUGGAUGAAAGAACCAUCUAGCACCAUUCUACCCUGUGCAGAGAACUGCACCAUCUUUUCCCUGUCCUCCUGUGCAUCUCCCUUCUCCUCUUCCUCUCUUGUUCCUGCAACUUUUGCCUUACUUGUGUAAGAGGGGAAUAGCUGUCAAGGCUGAGAGGAGAUAAUGAAGUUAUCAAAUUGCUGCUUUGGAAGAUGGCUUUUCUCAAAAGCAGCACAAAAAGCCAACUCUCUGAAAAUGCACAUCACUUUGUGGGUGCUCUCAAUUUCCCAUAUUUUUCCACCCUUGCCUCCAUUUUUUUUCCCCCUAAGUUUUCAACUCUUUCCAUGGGAGAGCAUCCUUUAUGUAACAUUUUUUGACAACAGCUGACUUUUGAGAGCAUUUUUGGAAAAUCAGGAGUUCCAAACAGUUUAAUUCUAGUUACUGCCUGGACUAUAAAUAUUUAAUACACUGAGCAUCUCAGAGAAGGGAGAUUUCUUUUUCCCUGUUAGCUGUUGCUACCAUUAUCUCCCUGCAAGAGAUGCUCCUAAGGUACGUUGUGGCACUCAACUUGACACUCCUGUAUUUAUAGGUACUGUGUUCUUGUAGUGACCCAGCAGAGAGAGCCUGGGACACCUUUAAAACUACAGCUAUAGAGGAGGGAAGCCCACUUCCUCACACUACAGAGAAUUUUGAUUUCUGGAGGCAGUUAUAACUGAUGUUUGGUUGAAUGAUCUCUGUAGUGAGAGGAGCUGGUGUAACUUGAGGCUGCCAUGCAGGAGGGAUACUUGCUGCUGGUGACUGGCAGUUAGGACUGUACAGCAGGUUGGUAAGUGAGGCUGUCUGGCUCUGAAAAUGAUUGGAAUGACAUUUGCAACUGCAACAGCCAAAUGUCUGUGAAGGUAAAAACAGCAUUUAAAAGCCAGUUGCAGCCAGUUCACUGCUUUAGCAGGUACCAUCCUGGCCAGCACCUGUAUUGUUCCAGCAGGCACCUGCCUUUGUGAGUUUUGCAUGCAGUUAACUGUGGGUGGGAAGCCAACGUUGUGCCUCCAGGGGCUGCGGAGUUGAUUGGCUUGAUAAAGCACAGAGCAUUCUCUCAGCCAAGAGACUGGGCUAAGUAACACAGGGAAUGUGUCCCAGGAAAGCUUCUGCACAGUGUCUGAGCACUCCUUUUAACCUGUUGUCUGCCAUGAGGACCUAGUGAGGUGAGAGAUGCAGCAGAAGGAAAUUGGCCGUUAUUUUAUGUUCUGAAAUGAGGAAUUCAUGUAUGUUGAAGCUUUACCUGACUGAGCCUGAGGAAAUGGUGCCCUUUCCUUAUAUGUCUAAGCACUACAUCUGUUAAAGCAGCCUUUUGGACUUUGUGGAAGCUAAUUGUUGCAGGGCAGCGCUCUGCAAGCUGCUGUAGCUAGAGCCAGGAAAUUUGGUGUUUAGGACACCAGCUGUAGUCUUCACAUAUGGCUCUUCAAGUCACAGGAGCUCCUUAGAUGAUUGUGUUGCCUUUGCAGUCUGGAUAACUGAGGGACUGAUACAUUCUCUGGCUGUGCUUGCAAGAAAGACGGUUAAGUCAUGGGAUGCACUUAGUUUUUGUCCUGCAGAUUAGAGAUGGGUCUUGAAACAAAAUGUUGAGGUAGAAUUGGCCCUUGUCAUACAGAGCAGAGCACAGCUCUGCUGGAAAGGUUUUUAUCAAAGCUGUUCAGAAGCACUUAGAUUUUUUUUUUUAACUUUUAUUUUUUAAUUCCCAGGACCAUUUGUUAGCCAUGGCUGCUUUCCAGGGUUGAUUAAAAAGGCACCGACACUAAAGAGCAGAAACUGAUUCAUUCUUUUCUCUUUCUUAACUGUGGAGCUUGUAGCAACAGCUCUUGUCUCCUCCACUCAAAGCAGUUCUGCUGGCUUCUGAAUACUUUGGCUCCAUUUCAGGUAAGGCAAGCAAGCUCUUAAACUUCCUAGGUUGAAGAAAGGUGUUUUCCUGCAGCCAGUACCCAUCUUGUGCCUUCGAUCUCAACUCCUUAGCUGGGACAGAUGUAGCAUUGUUCUUAGAGCAUACAAGCUGGUAUUGGCUUCUGCUGUUGACUUCCAAGUUGUUUCCCUGUGUAUAGAGUAAGGUUGUUUUCUCUGGAUGUACUGCAGUUGGUUUUUAAAAUCUGGUUUUUCCCUGAAAACUGGUCUUGCACUAAGCUACCCUGAGAAAUUUCCAGCACACCUUUGCACUCCCUGAAGCUUCAGUUGUUUAAAAUAUGCUUCUGCUAACCUUCCUUUCAUUCCAAGGAUUUGUGCUCAAGCUGUUACAAUCCCAUACUGUCAGAGAACCUCUCAAGGAGUGCUCUAUGUCUCUCCAUGCCAAAUCCUUUUCUUCUUGCUCAUGUUGAGUGAUUGUGUGGAAGGUUUUUUUUCAUUCCCUGCACCUGAAUCUGAAGUCCUUAAAUUGCCAUGAGCUGUUCCCUCCUGCUUUAUUUCUCUGCACAAGCUGCAGCAGCUGAGGUAGCUGCAGGAUUUCCUCCCCUUGAGGCCUGGAAUUCAGUGAUUUAGGCAAGACAGGCUGAAAAAUCUUGCCAAAGUUUGAGCACCAGCUCUGCAUCCUCAUGAGAAAGCCUUCAGUCAGCUGUCAGCACUGUCUGCCCUGCCUACACAUCUAUCUGAUUCAAACCUUCCUGCUGCAAAGCACACCUGUUUCACCCAGUCAGUACAGAAAUCUUAACUAGUGAUAGCAGGUGACCCUCCUAGCUUUUUUUUUGAGGGGAAAUCUGAGUGUGCAGUCACUGGUUAUACAUGACUUGCAGAAGGGAAAUUGCAAGUUAUGUGAUGUUUGGAGAUGCAGCAUUUCACCUCUGCCUAAAUAAACCAUUCAUGUUCUCACACUUUGCCACUCGCUGCAUUCCUUUCUAACAACACCCUCACUGCUUUUCUUCUGGUUAAUUAGUGGUUACCAAGGCAUUUAUUUUUAGCAUAGGUGCCUAUAACCUGUUACUCAAAACAACACUAAAGGAAGAGGAACCAAGAACUGGAUUCGUAUUUAUGGCAGAAGUUUGGGGUAAUGUGGGGCACCUGCCUCAUGGUUUCCUGUGCAGUGUUAAUUAACUGUGAGCCAUUCCAAUGGUAGCAACUUACCUUUCCAUUUGUUUCUUUUUGCACUGUUUUUGUUAUGAAAUGAUGUAAGCUAAUUCCACGGUGUAUAUAAAUUGUAUUAUUUUUUAAAUUUGUAUGAAAUCAUUUUUAUUUGAACGAUGGCACUUGGGAAGUAUUUGUGUAACCAUAUGUCAUGAACCCAUAACUCCAUAACAUGUCUAAGAGUAAAAUGUUUGUGUGUCUCCUUCAGCACUUCAAAGCCUUUUGAUGUUUCUAGUGUUGUCUUAUUUUUGCCCUUUGUUGUAAUAAAACUGAUAGAACGUGGGAAUACCCACGAACGUGA